UUAAUUUGGUUAUUGGUUAUGUGUAUGUGUGCCAUAAACAAACUGUAUUGCAGUAUUUCUUUGGGUAGAAACAAAAUAUCGAUAAAUAAAAUGUUUAUAUAUGAAGAAUAUUUUCAGUGAAUCAAAUGUGUUGUAUUAUAAGGCGAACGUACUUUUCGUUAUGGAGUAAGUACUUAGAUUUCGCUUCUCUUCAUAUAAGGCUAAGUAUUUGAUUAUAAAAAUGAGUAGACGAAAAAAAGCAAAGCUUGAAUUAAAAGAGGAAGAUAAAAACAGCGUCGGAGAUGAAGAAAACUCCGAAAACACAGAUAAGUCUAAAAUUCAACAGUCUGAUAAAAAACUUAGCCCAGGACCAAGCACUUCAAAAAACAACAAGAAAGAUGCCAAAAAGGAGGAGAUAAAAGCCGAUGACGACAAGAAAAACGAUGACCCCGAAUCAGAACUUGACGACCCUGUGAUAAAAGACCUAUUUUCUGGUUUAGAAGGUGCAGCUUUUCAAAGUCGAAUGCCUUUUGACAAACUAACCUCGACAGAAGCUGCCUGUUUUCCAGAUAUUGCCAAUGCAGCCCUGCAGACAGUAAGAGUAUAUUUAAAUGUACGCAAUCGUAUACUUCAGAUGUGGUUAGAGAAUCCCAAGCAACAGUUAAUCAUAGAACAUGUUUUCGAAAAAAUGGAAUCCCCUUACAAUAGUGAUACACAGCUGGUCAAAAGGGUACACGCCUUCCUAGAGAGAAAUGGAUUUAUAAACUAUGGAAUUUUUAAAAGACUAAAACCUAUUCCCUCUAAAAAAUAUGGAAAAGUUAUAGUUAUAGGUGCUGGAAUAGCUGGUUUAGCAGCAGCACAGCAGUUGCAACAAUUUGGACUGGAGGUUAUAGUGUUAGAAUCAAGAGAUAGGGUUGGAGGUCGCAUUGCAACAUUUCGAAAAGGGAAUUAUAUUGCUGAUAUUGGUGCUAUGGUAGUAACCGGCUUAGGAGGAAACCCUAUCACAACUUUAAGUAAACAGAUAGACAUGGAAUUGCAUCGCAUUCGCCAAAAGUGUCCUUUAUACCAAUCAAAUGGUGUUACUGUAGAUAAAGACAAAGAUGAAAUGGUCGAAAGGGAAUUCAAUCGUCUUUUAGAAGCCACAUCUUAUCUGUCACAUCAGCUUGACUUUAACUAUGCCGGUAAUAAACCUGUUAGUUUAGGGCAAGCACUAGAAUGGGUUAUUAAGUUACAAGAGAAGAAUGUUAAAGAAAAACAAAUACAACAUUUAAAGUCUGUUAUUACCCUGCAGGAGAAAUUAAAAGGAAGUCAACAAAUGAUGACAAACGUGAAAGAGAAAAUGAAAGAAAUAAAAACUAAAGUUGAUGAGAUGGCUGUUAUAGAAAAACGAAAUACUGAUGAGCAAUUUGCUUAUGCUAGUGGAGUUAAAGAUUUAAAAGACUUAGCUAUCCAGUGGGAUCAAUUAAAGGAGCAGGCGAAGGAAAUUGAAGCAAAACUGGAAGAAUUAGAUAGUUCCAAACCAAGUGAUGUUUACUUAUCUUCUAAAGAUCGUCAAAUUUUGGAUUGGCACUUUGCAAAUUUAGAAUUUGCUAAUGCAACACCUCUAUCUACUCUUUCACUAAAGCACUGGGAUCAAGAUGACGAUUUUGAGUUUACAGGAAAUCAUCUAACAGUAAGAAAUGGGUAUUCUUGUGUACCAGUUGCUUUAGCAGAAGGUCUUGAUAUUAAACUGAAUGCUGCUGUCAAGAAGGUCGAGUAUAAUAGCAGAGGUGUAGAAGUUACUGUAUAUAAUCCAAGAAAUCCAUCAACAACGAAUACCUAUCAUGCUGAGGUGGUUUUGUGCACGCUACCUUUAGGCGUGCUUAAACUAAGUGCUGUACCCUCUAGUACUCAACUGAAUACAGUGCAAUUUUUACCACCUCUACCAGACUGGAAAACGUCUGCAAUUCAGCGUCUGGGUUUUGGCAAUCUCAACAAGGUGGUGUUAUGUUUUGAGAGAAUAUUCUGGAACCCACAGGCGAAUCUCUUUGGUCAUGUUGGAAGUACAACAGCUAGCAGAGGAGAACUUUUCCUCUUCUGGAAUCUAUAUAAAGCCCCUGUGUUACUCGCCUUAGUUGCAGGUGAAGCUGCAGCGAUAAUGGAAAAUGUAACAGAUGAUGUGAUAGUUGGAAGAUGCAUUGCAGUACUUCGAGGAAUUUUCGGGCAAUCGGGAGUGCCUCAACCGAAAGAGACUGUUGUCACGCGAUGGCGAGCCGAUCCCUGGUCACGAGGUUCCUAUAGUUUCGUAGCAGUAGGUAGUUCUGGAAGUGAUUACGAUCUGUUGGCCUCGCCGGUAAUUCCGCCGAACGAUCAAGGGGUUUCUGUGACUUCGGGCCCUGCGCGAGUGUUUUUCGCGGGUGAACAUACUAUUAGAAACUAUCCGGCUACCGUGCAUGGAGCUUUCUUAAGUGGACUUAGAGAAGCGAGCAGAAUUGCCGAUCAGAUCAUCGGCAAUCCGUGUCAACCACAGCCAGCCGAAAAUUAAAUUGCAAUUUGUAAAUAUUUGUGAUUAGUACAAAAGUCAUAUAGUUAUUUAUUUUAUAUUUAUUGGAUACACUGAAUAAAUAAUUUAAUUUAA